AUGGGCAGCCCAAAGCCCAUUUCUACUGGAAUUUAUAAAAAUGGUUUUAUAGUCUCUAUUCAUGGCGAGGUUGAAGCGAAACAUCGAUUGCUUUUGGUUCAAUGGAUAUCUACCCUUCUUCCUUCACUGAACUUACCGAUAAAUAUCACGGACGAUGUCUUAAGAGCAUGCUUGAGGGAUGGUAUCGUUUUGUGUCAGAUACUGAACAAGCUUCGCCCAGGUUCCGUCCCGGUGGUUAGUGAAUUUGAUCAUGAAGAAAAUCUAAAAUCGUUUCUGAAAGCUAUGGAUGGAUUGGGAUUGCCUCAGUUUUCAAUAUCAGACCUGGAGAAGGGAUCCAUGAAGGUCGUUGUGGAUUGCUUGUUAUCACUCCGAGCAAAGAGUUUGCAGAAUGUUUUCUGGGAUAACAAUUCUUCUACCACUAAUUCCAAAGUAGGAAGCCCUCACGGGAUUACAGCUCCCAGUGUUCCAUUUCCACCAUCAUCCGAGACGACCACAAAGCACCAUCGUUCCCUGAGUAGCCCAUUCUUGACAGAGUCACCAACUUCAUUACUGCACCAGGGUCACAAGUUCCACGAGGGGUUUGAGGUGUUUCAAGGGAAAGAAGAAAGUUAUGCAGAUCUUUCUCCAACAAAAAUAUCAGAAAUGGUCAAAUCAGUCAGUUUAGACAAUGCACCAACUCAGUCACUUCUGGGUGUUGUGAAUGGUAUUCUUGAAGAAACCGUUGAAAAACGAAAUGGUGAAAUGCCUUAUCGCGUCGCCUGCUUGUUGAGAAAAGUUUCCCAGGAGCUUGAGCGCCGCAUGUCAGCCCAAGCAGAACAUUCAAGAACUCAAAGCAAUCUUUUCAAGGUUCGUGAAGAAAAGUAUCAAUCCAGAAUUAGAGUACUUGAGGCGCUUGCGACGGGAAAUAAUAUAGAAGAGGAUGAGGCUGAGAAGUUCGCAGUGGAAGAAAAUAAGCCUGAUGACAGGGAUUUUGAAAGGUCCAUGAAAAAGCAGGAGGACAAAAUUUUGGAAAUUUCAGCAUUGACGGAAGAUUUAGAAACAAGCAAAAAAGCACUUGAAUUAAAAUGCUCACGAUUAGAAGUAGAGGCUAUGGAAGCUAAAGCAGAAAUAGAACAGAAAACUAAAGCAUAUGAGCAGCAAUUAGAAGAAUGGCGCAAUAAGUGUAAAGAGCUUGAGUCUUCUUAUGUUUCAAAAUAUAACAAGUGGAACAUGAAAAAGAACCAGAUGCUAAACGUUGUAAAUUUUCAAUCUAGUAACCUAGAGAAAAUGAAAUUAUCUUGGGAGUCCAUUAAGCAAGAUGUUAUGCAAGAGCAAAAGGUUUAUGCAGAGGAGUGUAAUCAAUUAGGUGUAAAUCUUAAAUCACUGGCGCAUGCAGCCGAGAACUAUCAGGUUGUUGUGGCUGAAAAUCGAAAAUUGUUCAAUGAAAUCCAAGAAUUAAAAGGAAACAUCAGAGUGUAUUGUCGCAUUAAACCAUUUACUGCUGGGGCCAAAGAAAAACAGUCCAUUAUAGAACACAUUGGAGAGGAUAAUUUGGUUGUGGCAAAUCCCUCUAAGCAAGGGAAAGAUGCUCUCCGGUCAUUCAAAUUUAACAAGGUUUUCGGGCCUGAGGCAACUCAAGGUUCAAUUGUGUAUACUCAGGGUUUUCUAUUGAGUUCGGAUGUAUACGCCGACAUACAGGCACUUACAAGAUCAGUUCUUGAUGGAUAUAAUGUAUGCAUAUUUGCUUACGGUCAAACUGGUUCAGGGAAAACUUACACAAUGACUGGUCCAACCGGAGCAACUAGCGAGAAUCUUGGUGUUAAUUAUCGGGCUCUGAAUGAUCUUUUCAGACUUUCCACAAGUAGAACGAGCUCCAUUGAGUAUGAGAUCGGAGUUCAAAUGGUUGAGAUAUACAAUGAGCAAGUGCGCGAUUUGUUAUUCGAGUGUUGUUUCCUUGAUUUGCACACACUUGGGAUACUUACUCACUCGCAGCCAGAGGGAUUGGCAGUGCCUGAUGCAAGCAUGUUCCAUGUUAAUGCGCCUUCAGAUGUGAUUAAGCUAAUGGACAUUGGACUGAAAAAUAGAGCCAUAAGCGCUACUGCAAUGAAUGAAAGAAGUAGCCGUUCACACAGUGUGGUGACGAUUCAUGUUCGAGGGAAAGAUUUGAACUCGGGUUUCACACUGGUUGGUAAUCUUCAUUUGGUGGAUUUGGCAGGAAGCGAAAGGGUAGAUCGGUCUGAAGUAACCGGAGAUAGGCUUAGGGAGGCACAACAUAUAAACAAAUCACUGUCUGCAUUCGGAGAUGUGAUCUUUUCCCUCUCCCAAAAGAGCUCUCAUGUGCCAUAUAGAAACAGCAAGCUCACUCAGCUACUCCAAGCUUCUCUUGGUGGUCACGCAAAGACGCUCAUGUUUAUCCAAAUCAACUCCGACGUAAAUUCAUAUUCCGAAACAAUGAGUACUCUCAAGUUUGCUGAAAGGGUUUCUGGAAUUGAGUUAGGAGCUGCACGAAGUAAUAAAGAGAGCAAGGAUGUGAAAGAAUUAAUGGAACAGGUGGCUUCUCUGAAGAACAGUGUGUCGAAAAAAGACGAGGAGAUUGAGCGGCUACAAUUACUUCACUUUAAGCAACUCCAAAGACCAAGCACAAGCAGAAGUCCGAGGGAUGAAUCCCUCCGACGAACGAAAUCCUCUAUUGGAGGAGACAAAACUCCUCGGGAAAGCUGGAGUUACACAGAUGCAGACUUUGAUGAAAGAUCCAACAAUAAUUCUGAUUAUGGUUAUGGUUCUGAAAGCUCAAAAUCAUCAGAUAAGAUGGACAAACCGAAAACAUUACAAAGAAGCGUUCAAUCGAUGAAGAAAGCAUCAGUCCGAGUCCCAUCUCCCACGAAAACACAAAGGGACCCUCCUAAGAUGUCACCAGCUCCAGGUAUAAGGAAAAGCGCCAGUAUUGGCCACCUAAGACAACCAGGUUCAAAACGGUGGCAGUAACAGCCACACGCUAGUUACCAUUAUAUGUAUAUUCUUUUUCACUAUCCUACGCGCAUAUUGCAAUUGUAAAUAUAUAUCUAUCUAUAACACUCAAGAGUGUA